AUGAGAAACAAUGCUGGUAAAAGUGGAAGAAAUGAUGCAUGGACCAUUGACGAUUUUUCUAGCUGGAAUAAAGCUAAAAAUAUUUCAGAAAAUGUAGGAGCUGUUAACAGUUUUCACAACAAUGCAGCAAUGAAGUGUGAAAACUUGAUGAAGCAAGGACAGUCUAUCAAGCAUUCUUUGCAUAAACAAGAUGAUAUCAUGAAAAAUAAGUAUCGCAUUCGAUUAAAUGCUUCCAUUGAUGCUUCAAGAUUUUUGUUGCGCCAAGGGUUACCUUUUCGUGGGCAUGAAGAGAAAGAAGAAACUGGUAAUAAUGGUAACUUUGUUGAACUCUUGAAAUACACUGUCGAGCAAAAUGAAGAUGUGAAACAAAUGGCAGUUGUGUUUUGGUAUGUGGAAAAGAGUAGGAUAGUCAAAGAGAGAUUCAUAAGUCUUACUCAUGUAAGUGAUACAUCUUCAUCAUCUUUGAAAUCUGCAAUUGAUUCUUUGUUUUCUAAGUAUGGAUUAAGCAUUACGAAGGUGAUAGGGCAAGGUUAUGAUGAUGCAAGUAACAUGAAGGGUGAGUUCAAUGGGCUAAGGUCAUUAAUCUCAAAGGAAAGCACAUCAACAUAUUAUGUUCAUUGCUUUGUUCUUCAGCUUCAAUUAGUUGUUGUGGCAGUUGCCAAAAAGCAUUUUGUUGUUGGAGGCUUCUUUGAUAUGAUUUCUCUGCUGUUGAAUGUGGUGGGAACUUCAUGUAAAAGGAAGGAUGCGCUUAGAGAGAGUCACAAAGAAAUGACUGAGAAAGAAGUUAAUGAUGGUGAACACAAAACUGGAAAAGGGUUAAAUCAAGAUGUUUCUGUUCAAAGACCAGGGAUGACUCGUUGGGGCUCUCACUAUAGAACUUUGCUGCGUGUGGUUGAGUGUUUUUCUUAUAUCGUUCAAGUGCUUGAAUGUGUUCAGAAGGAUGGCGCAGAUGACUCAAAAAGACGUCAAACAUAUGGUCUCCUCAGUUAUGUGGAUAACUUUGAUUUUGUGUUCUAUUUGCAAGUGGUGGUUCACUUUUUAGGAGUCACAAAUAUUUUAUCAUUGGCCCUUGAAAACAAAGAUCAAGAUAUUUUGAAUGCAAUGUCCAUAGUAGCAUCAACGAAAAGACAGUUGCAGAAGUUUAGAGAUGAUGGAUGGAAUUCUCUUAUGCUUAAAGUUUCUUCUUUCUCUAAGAAACAUAGUAUUGAAGAGCUUGAUAUGAAGGAAGAUUUCCUUGACACAAGAAGGCGAAGGAAAAAAACAGGAGUCAUAAAUGAACAUCACUAUAAGGUUAAAUGCUUAUAUGCAAUUUUGGAUUUGCAGCUCCAAGAGUUCUACGACCGCUUUAAUGAGGUGAACAUUGAACUACUUAUUUGUGCUGCUUCUUUAUCUCCCAUCGAUUCGUUCUCUCAGUUUGACCAUUCAAAACUGAUGAGAUUAUCGACUUUCUACCCAUCUGACUUUAGUCAAGGAGAAUGCAUGUCUCAAUAUAGACAUCGAAUGUUUUCAUUAUAG